CCCCGGGGUCAAGUGUAUAUCGGAACAAUACCAGCUGACGCAGAUUUUUUUUUUAUACAUUUUUCAUAAUGGCCACCGAUUUUUUUGGAAUUACAAAUUUAGGAAGCACAUUCGUUUACAAAUGAAGAUAGUCUGUGGAAGAUCCGUUAUAGUUGGGUAUAUUUACCCAGCGUCCCAUCACCGGAAAUGAUAAAACAAAAUGAUAAUCUUAAAUAUGAAGUGUUUGUGACGGACCAAGUCUCACUAUGCCGUCGACUUUUCACCUCUCCUAGAUUUUACGUUGUGUUUCUGGUCGUACAAGUUGCAAUUAUAGCGUUAGUGAUUAGUAUGUGGGACUCUGACAGCUACAGUACUGGCCAAAUGGUUGUGAUCACCGACAAACAGAUGCAGGAGGUACUAUUCAAUGGUACUGAACAGCAUUGUUAUCUGUGGGAUACUACAAAUACCACAGAUGAUGCACAGAUCUCGAAGUGUCCAAUUAUAUCACCAUAUCUAGUUGGCUAUAGGAAGCCAGUUAUCAACGAACGAAUUGUUUGGGAAGAAGUUCUAGAAAAGUACAAGGCUGUUAGGUGUGACAGCCAUUUCCAGCCUUCAAACUGCAAAGCACGCCAGAAGGUGGCGCUAAUUGUUCCCUUCCGGGACAGAUACGCGCAUUUAGAAGUAUUUUUGAGACAUAUACAUCCCUUUUUGAUGAGGCAGCAACUUGAUUAUGGAAUCUAUGUAAUAGAUUUGGAUGAUAAGAUAAAGUUUAACAGAGGUCUACUAUUAAAUGUUGGGUUCAUAGAAGCCAGCAAAGAAUACGACUACGACUGUUACAUCUUCCACGAUGUUGACCUCCUACCCGAGAACGACAAGAACCUGUACAGAUGUUCAGACCAACCUCGCCAUAUGUCGGUCGCUGUAGACAAAUUUGCUUACAAGCUACCGUAUGCUGCCAUAUUUGGAGGUGUCUCAGCCAUGACAAAAGACCAAAUUCUGUUCGUAAAUGGGUUCUCUAACAAGUUUAGUGGCUGGGGAGGGGAGGACGAUGACAUGUUCAAUAGGCUCAAGCACCACAACAUGACUGUUAUGAGAAGCAUGGACGAUGUUUCCAUGUAUAAAAUGCUAAAACACAAACAAAGCGAUCCAAACCCUCAAAGGUUCAAAUUGAUCAAAACGGGAAUGAAGCGAGUAAAGGAAGAUGCUUCCCUCGUGUCAGUGACAGAGUGUGACAACAAAGAAAAACUUGGAUCUAUAGUGAACGUGGACUUUAUGGCGAUAAACCAACCAUGUAACUGUGAAGUGAAGCCCCAAUUUAGUGGUGACUUGGUGUUUGCUUCCAAUGUGGUUCUUUACGACUGUUUUACCGAAGUCACUAUUAGGAAAAACGCUCAAAAUGACGAUAUCUUUGCCGUUCGCUGUCCCAGAACGCAUUCCUCAAAAAUGUAUUCUGUUAGUAACUCCAGCGUGUUUGAAAUUUCUUCGACUUACCUCCGAAGAACAGGGGACACCUCAUUUCAUCAAUCUAUUCAGAUUUUUCAAGAUAAAAGUUUCAACGAGCCUAUUGCUGUUACCUGUGUUCUAAACGAGGAUCUAGUUCUUCCUACCACCCCCUCUGUUCAAGUAACAUCUACCGAGACCCCUACCUCUAGUUCAGAUGCUCUCAUAGUCGGGCUAGUGAUAACCGCACUGCUGGUCGUCAUUCUGAUUGGUGUCAUAUUUUUCAUCGUUGCCUACUUUAUCAGAAAUCAAAAAAGAACGAAAGAAAGCGAAGAAAAGAAUGAACACGUGGAACCUUCCGUCUCCAUGACAAAUAUUACCGCUGCUCCUAUGUCACCGUACACCCAUUUAAAUGCAGAUCAGGCUAAUAAUCCGACAGAGCAACCCUAUACCCCACUGGCAAACGAUUCGGAGUACCAGGAAAUAGGCAACCACGACUAUGAACGCCCGAUAACCGAGGAAGAGGAAGCACUGGAAGGUACAGAGGACCAACAGGGAACAACCGACAGAGGGCAGCACCAGUACCGCAACGCCGGACAGCAAGUGCAGACCGAUACUCAUUUCUGAAUGACUUCAUCUGUAGUCAGUUUAAUCACUCUUUCUAUUACAAGUCGACAAGAGUUCUGUUUUCUUUGUCACUUUUACAUGUAAAGCUAAUACACUGAGAAAAACUUGUAUAUAUAUAUAUAUAUAGAGAGAGAGAGAGAGAGAGAGAGAGAGAGAGAGAGAGAGAGAGAGAGAGAGAGAGAGAGACAGUUUAAUUUUUGAGAAAUAUGUGUGUUAAUAUCCGGGGUAUUGAUAUUAUGGAUGCAAGUGUUCUUUUAAUUGAUAUUAAAUAUGAGUUUUGUAUAUCCUUGUAAUAGUUCUCUGCUAAAGAUGUGUUUCGGAAGUUUAUAGUUUUAUUAUGAAUAUAUAUAUAUAUAUAUAAAGAGAGAGAGAGAGAGAGUUUAAUUUUUGAGAAAUGUUUUAUUUUAAUAUCCGGGGUAUUGAUAUUAUGGAUGCAAGUGUUCUUUUAAUUGAUAUUAAAUAUGAGUUUUGUAUAUCCUUGUAAAAGUUCUCUGCUAAAGAUGUGUUUCGGAAUUUUAUAUUUUUAUUAUGAAAAUAUAUACAUCCAAACCUGAUA